CGACGCUAAAACCUUACGGAUCCCGAGUCCGUUUUCAAACAGGACAGCUUUCAGUAUCGCUAGGAAAACUGCAUCCCCAAAAUUUCAGUAAUUAACCAAAACCCUAGAAAAUGCCACCAUCGACCUGACUUUCAUUAGCGGUUUUCCGGAGGUUAGCGAGCAUCAUAGCACCGCCGAUUCAAACAAUGCCGGAAAACAAAUCCAUUCAAUUCAGGUCGUCCUCCAUUAAAAUCCCUCCUUUUGUCCCUAUUCACCACCACCGGCAUCAACACCAUCACCGCCGUCCACUUCCUCUCUUCGCCGACCUCCGUCUUUCAAUUUCUUCAAUUUUUAACAAUUCCAAACACUCACUCACUCAAUUCAUAUCUUCUUCCAUCAGCAAAUUCCAACCGAGUACUCAGAAACCUCCAAAACCUUCAAACCCUUUUCACUCCAAAAAACCACCACUACUGUGCUCGGCUUCAUUGGCGUUGACCCGGGGCGACGAGGAGGGCGGUGAAGUAACUCAGUCGAGUAAGAGUCAUUCGGUGAGCCGACAUGACGACGAGCGUGUGCUAAUUAGUGAGGUUUUGGUAAGAAAUAAGGACGGAGAGGAGCUUGAAAGGAAAGAUUUGGAGGCAGAAGCCAUUGCGGCAUUGAAAACAUGUCGACCUAAUUCAGCUUUAACUACACGCGAAGUUCAGGAAGAUGUGCAUAGGAUCAUUGGAAGCGGGUAUUUCUCUUCUUGCAUGCCUGUAGCAGUAGAUACUCGUGAUGGCAUCCGUUUGGUGUUCCAGGUAGAACCAAACCAAGAUUUCCAAGGGCUGGUUUGUGAAGGAGCCAAUGUUUUGCCAACAAAAUUUGUAGAAGAUAAAUUUCGUGAUGGAUAUGGAAAUAUUGUAAACAUACGACAAUUAGACCAUGUUAUAAACUCCAUUAACGGGUGGUAUAUGGAGCGUGGCCUUUUUGGUUUGGUUUCAGGAAUUGAGAUUCUCUCUGGAGGAAUUAUUAGGUUACAAGUUUCAGAAGCAGAGGUCAACAAUAUAUCCGUACGUUUUCUCCGUAGAACUGGUGAGCCAACUACAGGUAAGACAAGGCCUGAGACAAUUCUUAGGCAACUUAAUACCAAAAAGGGUCAGGUAUAUAGUAUGCUUCAAGCAAAAAGAGAUGUAGACACAUUGUUAGCUAUGGGAAUUAUGGAAGAUGUUAGUAUUGUUCCACAGCCAGCUGGAGAUUCAGGGAAGGUGGACCUCACAAUUAAUGCAGUUGAACGUGUAAGUGGAGGUAUCUCAGCUGGUGGUGGAAUUUCAAGUGGGAUCACAAGUGGCCCUUUAGCAGGACUUAUUGGAAGUUGUGCACUUUAUCAUCGAAAUCUAUUUGGGAGGAAUCAAAAGAUAAAUCUUUCACUUGAAAGGGGACAAAUUGACUCGAUCUUUAGGAUCAACUACACGGAUCCUUGGAUUGAAGGAGAUGAUAAAAGGACAUCAAGAACAAUAAUGGUUCAGAAUUCAAGAACCCCUGGAACUCUUGUUCAUGGAAAUCAACCCAAUAACACUAAUCUAACCAUUGGAAGGAUUACAGCUGGCAUUGAAUAUAGUCGUCCUUUUAGACCAAAAUGGAGUGGAACAGCAGGGCUUAUUUUUCAGCGUGCUGGUGCUCGUGAUGAAAAAGGGAAUCCAAUGAUACGCGACUACCAUAGCAGCCCACUAACCGCAAGUGGAAAUAUCCAUGAUGAUAUGGUACUUGCUAAGCUUGAAACUGUUUACACUGGUUCAAGCGACCCUAGUUCUUCAAUGUUAGUUGUAAAUAUGGAACAGGGGCUUCCUGUUUGGUCUGAAUGGCUGGUUUUCAAUAGGGUUACUUGUCGUGCAAGAAAAGGCCUUGCAAUUGGCCCUGCUUCCCUUAAUUUGAGUCUAUCUGGUGGACAUGUUGUGGGAAAUUUCCCUCCCCAUGAAGCAUUCCCUAUUGGUGGAACAAACAGUGUGAGAGGAUAUGAAGAAGGAGCAAUUGGAUCAGGGAGAUCUUAUGCUGUUGGUUGUGGAGAGAUUUCUUUCCCUUUGGUGGGGCCCGUGGAAGGAGCCAUGUUUGCUGACUAUGGAACUGAUCUUGGUUCAGGCCCAACCGUUCCUGGGGAUCCUGCGGGGGCUAGGCUAAAGCCGGGAAGUGGAUAUGGUUAUGGAGUGGGAAUGCGUGUAGCGUCUCCUUUAGGUCCUCUUAGACUUGAGUAUGCUUUUAAUGAUCAAGGAACAGGGAGGUUUCACUUUGGAGUUGGUCAACGAAAUUGACUUUUUAUUUAUUUAUUUAUUUUUUUUAAAGUUUUGAGUAUAUUAUCUUUAUGGUGGGAAAAAAUAUGUUGUCUAGAAACGAGGGACUUAAUGUGACAAUAGAAUAAUCUUUUUUAUGCAUCGAAGAUAUUUUUAUGUGGGCAC